GUAAAAAGCAAAAAACGAUGGAGAACUCACUUCCUCUUAAUCUUCGUCGUGCCAAAAAAACUAAUCUAAUCAUAAACAGGCUGCAUAUUUUCACUCAAGGCUUUGCUCUUUUGGCCCUGAUUUAUUAUAGAACAAAUUUUCUUUUCCAAAUUAUCAAAAUCAGGGACAAAAACACAGCACUUUUGCCCCAUGCUUUAGUGUUUCUCUCUGAGCUUAUACUCUCUUUUCUUUGGCUUUUGAGCCAGGCUUUUCAGUGGAACCCGAUUUCCAGAAAAGUUUUUCCAGAAAGACUGCCUGGAAAUGAUAAACUUCCAUCCAUUGAUGUGUUUAUUUGCACUACAAAUCCCAUAAAAGAGCCUAGUGUAGAUGUUAUGAAUACUCUUAUCUCAGCAAUGGCCCUGGACUAUCCUGCUGAUAAACUUCAUGUGUAUCUCUCGGAUGAUGGGGGUUCUUCUGUGACUUUCCAGGCAGUUAAAGAAGCCUGGAAAUUCUUGAAAUGGUGGAUUCCAUUUUGCAGGAAAUACGAGGUGAGGACGAGGUGUCCCGUGGCUUAUUUUUCAGCAGAUGAAAGUGAGGACGGAAAUGAAAAGUUUAGCAGCUCUGAAUUUAUUGCUGAGAAGAAGAAAAUUGAGGAAAAGUAUGAAGAGUUCAAGUGUAGAAUACUGAAGAUCAUAGAAAAUACGAGCAGUUUUACUAGCAGAGAUCAUGAUCCUUUAAUUCAGGUGAUUAACGUUGAAAAUUGUGGAGUGGAUUCAGAUAAAACAGAGAUACCCAGGCCCACACCCGACCCGGCCGGCCGGUCGGUCGGACGGACGGCGGCGGCGGCGCGCGCGCGUUCCUGCAUGACUUAUACCCCUUCCCCUAAAAGAGCUCUCUUCACUGCCUUCCAGCACCUUGCCUUCGAGAUAAAUCCCCCUUCCAAAUGCUUCCUUCCAGGAAUCGAAUUCUCCACGUUAGAAACAAAUUUUCUUUUCCAAAUUAUCAAAAUCAGGGACAAAAACACACCACUUUUGCCCCAUGCUUUAGUGUUUCUCUCUGAGCUUAUACUCUCUUUUCUUUGGCUUUUGAGCCAGGCUUUUCAGUGGAACCCGAUUUCCAGAAAAGUUUUUCCAGAAAGACUGCCUGGAAAUGAUAAACUUCCAUCCAUUGAUGUGUUUAUUUGCACUACAAAUCCCAUAAAAGAGCCUAGUGUAGAUGUUAUGAAUACUCUUAUCUCAGCAAUGGCCCUGGACUAUCCUGCUGAUAAACUUCAUGUGUAUCUCUCGGAUGAUGGGGGUUCUUCUGUGACUUUCCAGGCAGUUAAAGAAGCCUGGAAAUUCUUGAAAUGGUGGAUUCCAUUUUGCAGGAAAUACGAGGUGAGGACGAGGUGUCCCGUGGCUUAUUUUUCAGCAGAUGAAAGUGAGGACGGAAAUGAAAAGUUUAGCAGCUCUGAAUUUAUUGCUGAGAAGAAGAAAAUUGAGGAAAAGUAUGAAGAGUUCAAGUGUAGAAUACUGAAGAUCAUAGAAAAUACGAGCAGUUUUACUAGCAGAGAUCACGAUCCUUUAAUUCUGGUGAUUAACGUUGAAAAUUGUGGAGUGGAUUCAGAUAAAACAGAGAUGCCUCUCCCUGUUUACGUUUCUCGUGAGAAAAGGCCUUUUCAACCACAUCAUUUUAAAGCUGGAGCACUCAAUGUCCUUCUUCUUGUAUCCGGUUUGAUCAGCAAUUCUCCAUACAUACUAGUGUUGGACUGUGAUAUGUACUGCAACGAUCCGACAUCAGCCCGCCAAGCAAUGUGUUUCUUUCUUGAUUCCAAAAUAUCCCCGAAACUUGGUUUUGUUCAGUUCCCACAGAAAUUUCACAAUAUCAGCGAGAAUGACAUCUACGACAGUCAGUUGAGAUUUGUUUGGCCGAAAUUGGAAGGCACGGAUGGGCUUAGGGGGUCUUUGUUAGCCGGUACCGGUUUUUACAUAAAGAGGGAAGCGCUCUAUCAAAGUUCCAACGUUCAAGAGGGUAAUGAUCUUGUACAGCUACAAAAGGCAUUUGGUCCCUCCAAUGAUUUCAUCAAAUCACUUCAACAAAAUUACAAACCAAAUGCAUUUAAGGAUGAAGUGUUUUCUGAAGUAUCGCUGAAAGAAAUCAGAUUUCUAGCCUCUUGCGGUUACGACAAAAACACAAAAUGGGGCAAAGAGGUGGGAUUCAGAUAUUUUUCUGUGCUGGAAGACUACUUUACUGGCUUCAAUUUACAUUGCAAUGGUUGGAUUUCAGUUUAUUUGAAUCCAGCAAGGCCAUGUUUCUUGGGUUCAGCUACUACAAAUCUCAACGAGAUUUUAGUUCAAUACACAAGAUGGGUAGCCGGAUUUGUGGAAGUUGCUAUCUCGAGGUUUUCUCCUCUUAUAUACGGGCCACUGAGAAUGUCGACUCUUCAAAGCAUGUGUUAUGCAGUAUUUGCCUAUGAUUUCUUAAUCUUCUUGCCUAUUUACUGUCUAGCCAUUGUUCCUCAACUCUGUCUGCUUCAUGGCAUUCAUCUCUAUCCCAAGGCGUCGAACCCGUUUUUCAUUGUGUUUUCAUUCCUAUUCCUCUCAUCUCAACUCAAACACAUGCAAGAGAUCUUUUUGACUGGACAUUCGAUACGAACAUGGGCUAUAGAACAGAGAAUUUGGAUGCUAAGGUCACUUACCUGUUACAUGUAUGGAACUUUAAAUGGAAUUUUGGAGAUGAUUGGUUUAAGAGAAGCCAGUUUCUCGCCGACAGAUAAGGCAGUAAAUGACGAACAACAUAAACGUUAUCAAAUGGGAAUCUACGAUUUUCAGGCAUCAGUUCUGUUAUUAGCUCCAUUGUGCACCUUAUACAUUCUAAAUUUAGUAGCCUUCAUAAUUGGGGUCUUGAAGAUUUUUCAUAUUGAGCAAGCGAGCGAGAUGUUUAUACAACUUUUCAUCCCAUUAUUCGGCAUAUUGAUCAAUUAUCCAUUGCUUGAAGGGAUGUUCUUGAGGAAGGAUGACGGGAGAGUUGCACCAUCUAUUACACUUCUUUCUGCCGCCCUUUGUAUUAUUAUUUCGUCUUUUGAUGGAUAA